AUGGCUCAAGACGAGGUCCCGGAGUCCUCUUCCCCCUCUUCGGCGGCGGCUGGCCGCCUGAACGCCGCCGCGCCGGAGUUCACCCCCCGAUCCGCCGCCCCGCACCAAGCCCAUCCCCAUCGCCGCGGGCCCCACCAUCACCACCACCACCACCACCAGCCGCAUCACCAGCACCAGCACCAGUACCGCCACCAGCACCACCACCAGGGAGAGGAUGAGGGGGAUGCCGCGGCGGUGGUGGAUAACGCUCAGCUCGUCCUGCCCGAGGAGCUCGCUCGCCGGGUCGUCAAGCAGGUGGAAUUUUACUUCAGUGAUGUCAAUCUAGCUACAACUGACCAUCUGAUGAAGUAUAUUACUAAAGAUCCAGAUGGAUUUGUGCCGAUGACAGUGGUUGCAUCCUUCAGGAAGAUUCGAGAGUUAAUUGAUAGAUCCUUGUUGCCUGGUGCAUUACGUACAUCAACAGAGCUGGUAGUUUCAGAUGACGGGAAGAUGGUUAGGCGACGAGUGCCCUUCUCUGAUGUGGAUGCUGAAGAAGUUCAGUCUCGAAUUAUUGUUGCUGAAAAAUUACCUGAGGAUCAUCGCUAUCAGAAUCUUAUGAGGAUUUUCUCAACUGUUGGGAGUGUGAAAUCAAUACGUACUUGCUAUCCACAAGGGAUCGAUAUUUCUGCCGGCAAAUCAUCAAGGAUUGAGAUGCUUUUUGCUAAUAAGCUGCAUGCUUUUGUGGAGUAUGGAACUGUUGAAGAUGCUGAAAAGGCGGUUGCCGAGUUUAGUGGCGGCAGAAACUGGAGGGAUGGGCCUAGAGUUCGUUCGCUGCUUGGUUGCCUGAAACAUGGGAUUGGUCAAGGAAGAAAAGGUGGAGAUGAGGAGGCUGCGUAUGAAGAUGAUCCUGAAGAGUAUGAAGCAGAAGAUGCUGCUCAGGGUGAGGAUGGUUUCUAUGACAAAGCUGGAAUGAGGCAAGGGAGGGGCCGAGGACGUGGGGGAAGAGGCCGUGGCCGGGGCCAGUACCAUGGCCAGAGUCGGGACGGCGGGCAUCCAAUCGGCACUCCUCCAUCAAAUCACAGUGCUGAGCAUCCGGUGGUGUCCAAGCCGCCUCCUGGUCCGCGUAUGCCGGACGGCACAAAAGGAUUUGCCAUGGGGCGAGGGAAGCCCCAGGUCAGCCCCGCAGUGCUGUCUGAUGCUUAG